UUUUCGUAGUUGCGCUCCACGCUGGACUCUGAUUCUUUUCUUGCGCGAAUUAAUAAAUGCAUCCUCGCUUCUAAAGAGGUUACACUGCUUAAGCUUUUCAGAAUUGUUCGAGAUUAGUCCACCCACUAUACUGACAAGAUGUCUACUUUGGACAGCAUUACCAAGCAAGAGCUUGCGACGCUUAAAGGACGCACGAUUAUUGUGACCGGAGGUGCAAGUGGAAUCGGACGGGCAACAGUUCUCAUAGCACAUGCUGCCGGAGCAAACGUCGCUAUCGCCGACGUCAACAAGGCAGCGGGGGAAGCCCUCGCAGCUGAGCUGCAAGACCGCGCCAUUUUCGUCGAGACUGACGUAUCGAACUGGGAUUCUGUAUUGUCGCUAUUCCAGACAACCUACGAUACGUUCAAGAGCGUCGACGUCGUAUACGGAAAUGCGGGUACAAGCGUCGGGGACAAUCUGCUUGAAGAUGAGAUAGACAAGGAGACGGGGAAGCUUCGGGCGCCGAAGUUGAACAACGUGCAGGUCAACCUUUUCGGAGCCAUCUAUACGACCAAGGCCGCUAUCCACUUCUUCGCGAAACAUCCCGAGAAGAAGUGCCAGCUGGUAUUGACAGGAUCAGCGGCAAGCAUUAUCGAUAAUCCCCCAUUGUUCCUCUACUGCGCCGGUAAGGCCGGAGUUCUCGGGCUGAUGAGGGGAAUGAGAACCAAGAUGCCGGAGAGGAAUGUCACCAUAAACAUGAUCGCACCUUGGAUGACAGUGACGGCCAUGUUACCUCAAUGGAUCCAGGACCUGUGGGGAGAUCUCCCUGCAAACAACCCCGACGGCGUCGCAAGGGCGCUGCUGAUACCUGCCGUAAGACCGGAAGUGAAUGGGCGGACGCUUUGGGUAGCGGGAAAUAACGCCAUAGAGAUAGAACAAGCGAUCCACCGAGUACAGCCACAGUGGAUGGGAAGCGACCUAUCCACCGCCGUGGAUGAAGGGCAGAGGCGGAUGGGCAUCAUUGGCUCAUAUGAUUAAGGUCGUAUUUAGAUCAAAACUUCUAGAUAUGGUCAUAG